CGUCGAGCAGCGCCAUCAAGCGUCCGGACGAGCGCGAGACACACGCCUCCCCUUACUCUGCGCUGAGCUCGCUGCAAGCUGCUAGCCAGCUUAGCUAUGGCCUGACGACCCGCGGAGUUGCGAGUGUCGGUAAACGCGGCUGUUCCAUUCUUUCGCCCUCGACCCACUGAUACCGAGGAUAACUAAGUCAAAACUCCUAUUAAAAGCGGGCUUGCGUCGCCAGCUUCAACGUCCCCGCUGACCCCUCGCCCGCUAUAACCUGCUCUGCUGCUGCUAACUAGCUAGAUACCAUAUCCGAAGGAAGAGAGAAAGAAGUGCUGCGUUGCUCGCCGCUGACCGCUGACCGCUGACCGCUGACCCGUCGACAAUGGCCUCCGAGACGCUGACGACCAUUUCGCCCAUCACCGGCAAGCCCGUGGUGACCAGAUCUGGCGUGACACAGGACGAGCUCGCAGUGCUGCCCAAGACUGCCCAGGAGGCCUUCCGGACGUUCUCCAAGUCGACGACGCUCGCCCAGAGACAGGAGAUCGUCGCCCGGGCGCUGAACCUGAUGGCCAAGAAGAAGGACGUCCUCGCCCGCGAGGUGACCGAGCAGAUGGGGCGACCUAUCGCCUACACGGGGGUUGAGAUCUCGACGGCCAUCAAGCGAGGAGAAUAUCUUAACCGAGUGGCGGGUGAGGCGCUCGGGGAGCCGGUGCCUGGGGACGCUGAACCAGGGUUCAAGAGAUAUCUCAAAAAGGAGCCCCUGGGCGUCGUUCUCAUCAUCUUUGCCUGGAACUACCCUUACUUGAUCCUGGUCAAUAGUUUGAUCCCUGCGAUUUUAGCUGGAAACGCCGUGAUUCUCAAGCCUUCCCCACAAACUCCCACAGUCGUCGAGCAGGUGUCGUCCAUCUUCCUCGAAGCUGGUCUCCCCCGGAACGUGCUGCAAUAUUUCCAUUGCGGGUCGCUCGUCAACCUCGAGACCAUCAUCCGGUCUCCCCUGAUCAACCACAUCUGCUUCACCGGCUCAGUUGCCGGAGGUCUGGCUGUCCAGAAAGCAGCAGCAGACCGGAUCGUUAAUGUCGGCCUCGAGCUCGGCGGUAACGAUGCAGCCUACGUCCGUCAAGACGUAGACCUAGCUUGGGUCGCGGAGGAGAUUGUGGACGGCGCCAUUUUCAACAGCGGUCAGAGCUGCUGCUCUAUCGAACGGGUAUACGUUCAUGAAAAGGUCCACGAUGCCUUCAUCCAGGAAAUCAAAAAGGUGCUCGCCAACUAUCGCGUUGGCGAUCCUUUCAACGAGAAGACCCAGAUCGGGCCGGUCAUAUCUCAAAAGGCUAGAGAGAACAUCCUCUCACACAUAGAAGAUGCUAUCAAGGGCGGCGCCAGGGACGAAACUCCUGCAAACACCACCUUCGAUAACCUUCCACCCGUCGGAAAUUUCGUGAAACCUACGCUGCUCACAGGUGUGACGCACAGUAUGCGGGUGAUGGCUGAAGAGACAUUCGGGCCCGUCAUACCCGUCAUGAAAGUCAAGGACGACAGCGAGGCCAUUCGAUGGAUGAAUGACAGCGACCUCGGACUAACUGCUAGCGUCUGGACAAAGGACGUAGCGACGGGAGAGAAGCUGAUUCAGGAGAUCGAAGCUGGCACCGUCUUCAUCAAUAGAGCCGAUUAUCCGAGCCCAGUGAGUUUUGCCGAACCCCCUGUCCUGUGCUGCUGUUCUGCGCCGUGCUGCAGUUGCAUGAUAUCCCAGUUCUGUUCACAAUCUCUUUUUUUUUUUUUUUCGUUUGACUGUAUCCUUUACCCGUACGUACCAAGGCUUCUGGCAUCACCACAUUCUAACCUCCUUUCUUCUCAUAGGACCUUGCAUGGACCGGAUGGAAGAAUUCCGGAAGAGGUGUUACCCUCAGCAGAUUUGGUUUCGACCAGUUCAUCAAGCUGAAAAGCUUCCACCUGAAGGAUUAUCCAAAAUAGAGCUUCUCCGUCUGCUCUGCCUGGAUUUGCACUUCAUGAGUUAUAUGAUAAUUAUAUUUAAUUCGAGCUGUAUGAAUAUAAGUCUCUAUCUUCAUCUGGUUAUCCAUCCAUCCAUCCAAAGAUGAAAAUUUUUUUCCAAUCUAAUCGGAAGAGGUUAACAUCUGCUACUAAGUAUAUAAUAUCCGGGAUGCCCUGGAAUGCAGAUGCGCCAGGCGCUCAUCGUUACGGCGUAAGGAAAAGC